AUGAAGACUAGCCUGUUGUGGUCUAUGACCGUUUUUUUCUUUGCGGCCUCCACGGCCUUGGCACGACCCAUCGCGGACAGCGCAGAGGCUUUGGCCGAGGGUACCCAGAUCGGCGAGGGCUGGAAGCGCGGUGACGAAAUAGCGGAUGGCACACAGAUUGCUGAAGGCUGGAAACGGGACGAGAUCGAGGACGGUACCCAGAUUGCGGAGGGCUGGUAG